CUAAAAACAAGUAAAAAAAAAGUGUAUAAUUUUGAAAAAUUCUUACUUUAGCGGGUCGGUCAGGUCGGGUUUGGGUUCGGUCGGGUUUGACCCAUUUUUAGCGAGUCAUUUCGAGUUCGGUCAACUUCGGGUUCGGUCAUCAAAACCUUUGUUCAAAACCCAGUGUUUUCAGGUCGGGUUUCGGGUCAAAAACAGAUAACAUCUAGGCCAGGACUCAGAUGACCUAGGAUGGAGUUCACUUUUUUGGAGCUAUAAUCUUAGAAAGUUAAGUCUUAUUCAUAUGGUAAAUGCAUGACUUCACUCUCUAUAUAAACCAACUACACCCCAAGCAUCAUUAUUCCUCACUAAGUAUAUCAUCUAUGUAUAUCUAUAUGUCAUGGGGUUACACAUAUUACUACUAGCAAAGCUAAAACUCUUCAAAGCUACAUCUCAUGGUUUACACACACCCAUCACCUUUUUGUUGUUAGGUCCUUGCAUUCUUAAACUAGUUUCUAGCUUCAAGUCCUUUGGUCAAGUUUGGCAUGACAUGCUCCAUUCUUUGAGGCUUUUCUGCUUCCAAACACGUCAUAUUAUGACCGCCGCCGACGAACCAAGGCGCGGGAGGCUGCAGGCCUUGCGCUCGUUCUUCGAGCAGUUAAUGCUUUCACCGAGGAAUUAUAAUAGUGGACGGUUUGUCGAUGCUGAUGAGGAGAGUUUGCGUUCACUCGUGAUGAUACCAUUCUAAUGCAUGAAAAUGAAGAGUUUUCUUGUUAAAUGCUCCUACUUCCUUCAUCUCUAAAACUUCAUCUUUUACUUGUAUUAUUAUUAACAUGGUGAAGAGUUUGUAUAUACUCCGUAUGUUUUCUUAAAUAUUUGUGUUGAUAAGUUGUUGUAAUAAAAUGCGUAAUUAAAUAAAUUCUUGCUUU